CCACCCCGACCACACCGCGUACCUUGCUGAUUGCUCGCCACGCGGAUUAUUCCACCGACCACACUGGCUUAAAAGAAAACCCACUUUCUGAACGGCCAGGAACAUCAGCACGAACUCGCUCAAUGCUUUACCUGUGAUAUUCGUACAAACAAACGACACCGCAAGUCAUGCGGGCACGGAAAAUACCGCGAGCCGCCUCGCAAUAUCCCGCUUUUCCGUGCGGAGUACAUACUUUAACAUUAUGAGAGACAUUCAGAGCGUACCUGACACAUGUACAAAAAUUUUCGAAAUGUCAAUUCAAGAGGUAAACGGUAAGGGACCUAAAAAAAGGAAAAAGUCUUUGGAACAAAUCUGUGCUAACGAAGGACAGCGUGCGGAGUUAAACGAGAAUGCGAGAGAUGAAAGUGAGGAUGGAGGUGUGAAGAAUGGCGCUGGACCGAGAACUAGUCGCGCGGUGAUCGGAGACGGUGUGGAGCUGCUGCAUUGGCGCGACAUGCCAAAGCACCUGCAGUUCAACCCGUACGUGCUGACUGGCUACCGUCCGCUGCAGAGCUGGGGCGGUUGCGUACGCAGUCUCUUUUAUUUUCACAAUGAGACUAUUAAUAUUCUGACACAUGGCGUAUCUUUGGUGUUCAUGAUAGCUGUUCUUCCCGGCCUUCUGCCAUGGAGCGGCGGGGGCACAGGUGCCUGGUUUCUCUCCAUGUGCCAUCUUCUCGGCGCACUGGCACCCUGGUGUGGAUCCUUUCUCUACCAUCUCUUCAUGAACCACACCCAAGGAGCAAGCCUUUACCACAGACUUCUUCAGAUUGAUAUGUUGGGCAUCUGGGUCAGUCAGAGUAUCGGUGCAAUUCCUAUGGUGACGGCUACGGUAUACUGUGCACCAACUCUGCUACGCUACGCCGCUCUCGCCGUCUACUGCCUUGGGAGUCUGCUGGGCCUUUAUAAAGCAAUGCGAGCUUGGUCACCCUGGGAGCGACGGCUGUGCUUCGCGGCACCGUUCUGCAUGCGGCUGCUGUUGGCGGGAGCGCGGACGGCGCGGCUGGGCGGCGGCGACCCGCAUGCUAUCCUGCACGUUUUCUUACAAGAUGCGGUUUCCUUGGGCGGUGGUGUUAUCGGAGCACUACAUAUCCCGGAGAAAUGGUUCCCGGGAUCUGUGGACCGCUGCCUCAAUUCGCACAACAUAAUGCACGUCUUGGUCGUGCUGGCCGUGUACUCCAUGCACCAGGUUACAACGAAAGACCUGGCUUGGAUGUCAAGCGUAGACUGCAGAGCCCCGCUCCGCCAGCUCUGACGCAAGCAUGUGUGAUUGAACACAGACCUGUUAUAACUCAUAACCCCACACUGGUAGUAACGCUCUUAUGAAGUGACUGUAUAUGACUUACUUGGCGACAGCAACACAUAUUUAAAAUUAAUUUCUUCACAACCUUAAAACGCAAUGUUUUUCAAUGUAACUGUUUGAUCUGUUGGAUGAAUAAUGCAUAUAUGAUUGCGAUACUAUUUUAUGUAAUUUGGAACGAAUGUAAAUCUUCCAAUAAAUCGCCAAGCUAAUCUAUAUUGCCUCUUCUUGUGAGUGAACUUCUAUUGUAGUGUGUCGAUAGUUUCGGCAAAUGAAUGCACAUGUAAGAAACGAAUAGGAAAACGAAAGCUGUCAUUUAAAUUUAUUAAAUUAAUAUAUCCGUUCAAUAUUGUAUUUCAAGUAAACAUAAAAAGCAAAGCUCUAACACUAAUAUUAUAUAAUAUUAUUAAUAAUUCUAAUGAAUACAAAAGUUAAGAGACAAUAUAAUGGCCUAUCGUUUCGUUAUCCGAACACAAAUACGCAAUAAAGCAUUAUUAAUGUUUUGAUACAUUGACGAAAUGCCAAUUAAACCGUAUGAAGUAAAUCGUGAUCGGUUUUUAAUAGCUAUAAUAAAGAUAGAUUUAAGGUAAUAAGUACAAUUAACGAUAUUGUUCUACACGUUACUAUCCGAAACCUUCCGUUGGCUUUAUACUAUAAUUAUAAAAUUAAUCAUAAAUCACAAGGUGUAUUAUCCAAAAACAGUCCCUUGUUGUAAGUAGAUAUAAUUCUAAGCCUAAAGUGCUUUGUUUAUAAGACGCUAUUUGUAGAGACGUUCAUAAAAUAGUAUUUCUUAUAGGCAAUAAAAACUAAUUCUUAAGAAAAUUUGACAAUAUAACAAUAUUUUAGACGCAUCGCGCACUAUUAGAUCUCGUUACACAUCAUUCUAAAGUAGGGAAAUUCGUACGUUUAAUUGUAUUUUUAUUGAAUCAUACAGAAGUAGUACCAUUAUCGGAUGAAAAUGUUUAUUAAAAAAUACGUGAGUUUGUCAAGCGCUAGAGUAGAAAAAUAGUUAUAGAAAUCUUAAGAACAAUUAAAAUAAAUUAUAAGAAUUAAGCAAAAUUGAAAUGAUUUUAAGUUUUGAAUAAAACAAUGUUUUCUUCAUUACGAUUCUAGAAGCAUGAGAGCAUUUAAUCGCUAACCAUUAACUUAAUAGCUAGCUAGUUUAUUAGAACGCAAAUCUACCUUGUGAUGUUAGUAAUAUAAAAAUUAUAUUUUAAAUAUAUUUACUUACCUUAUUUUGUUUUUUGAAGUCAUUUUUCCAUCUUGUAU